CUUGCUCUACCUACCUCCCUACCUAGUCCAUGCAUAGUACUUCCUUCUUACCUACCUUCCUACCUACCUACUUAUCCAUCCAUCCACCCAUCCCUCCUCAUCUAUCGCUACCGCUCCCCGGCUCAUCCAUUCACCCUGUCAGCCCUCGACCUCCUUGUUCGGCUCUCAAACAGCAACAGCUCCACAACCACGUCCCUGGCAGUAGUUCGUCGCCGAAACCCCCUCCCAUUAAACCCGCCCCCUGCCAUUAACACCUCUUUGAUUGCCUUGAAUCUUUCCGUCUCUUGCGGGUCCUGUCUGCACCCUCUGCACCACUGCUGCGGCCAAGCCCCCGCGCCAAUCUGCUCCUAGCCGUGCGCCUGCGUCUUCGUCUUACGCACGCCACUGUGCUUCUGCACUCCGCUGGCCUCUUCUCGACCUUCGUCUGUCUGUCUGCCAACCUGCCUUCAUGUGCCCACCCUCUUUUCCCUGAUCUCUACCUGCUGCCGCCAUACUUUGCAUCAGCCGUCACUUUGCUCUUGUGCAUGGCUUACCGUCCUCUCUCCUGUUUUAUAUCUCGUCUUGUCCCGGCGCCCUUGGAUUCAUCGCUCUUGUCCACGACCUUGUGCAUCGUGGAUCCAAUCCUACCUUGACUGCCGACCUCCAACCUCCUCCUCCUCUUUCAAGAACCACCAUGCUCACGGAUAUGAACCGUCUGCCUAGCAUGCCCUCCCAUUCGCCCUCUCUCCACGCAUAUGCUCCCUAUGGCCAACAUCAGAAAGCGUCUGCCCCAUUGUCCCAGCCAAAUGGGCCACUGGUGUCGCAGCGUCCUCCAGCCAAAGAAGCCGAUCCAAGCCAGAUCCAUUCACAGCAAUUGCCCAGUUUGCGAACCCUCCUGGAACCGCAACUGCUUGACAACAAGCCAGCUGAACUGUCUGUACGACCCAACGUUGCUUUUUCAAAUCACGCCUCAUCAACGAGAUACGAAUCUGCCAGCCCAACCUUGAAGAGACGGCUUGAUUUCGACAGUUACAGCCAUGACGUUCCCGAAAGCAAAGCCUUCACUUCUCGACCAGCACCUCCUUUUCGGCACAACCCUUACACUUCUGCCAUAGAUUCUUCGUCUACGCACUCUCCCACCCCGGCAUCAACGCCUGGCUCCUAUCAGUCAGACUUUUCACGCCAUGGAAGCCUUGUUCGCCUCACGCAUAACGAACCUAUGGGAACCCUUUUCCGACCACCUUCCACGGCUUCGGCAUUGAACGCCCCGCCCGAAUCAUCAGUGCCACAAUCCAGCCACUCGCCUCAGGACGACCAUUUGGAUGUGCUCAAAACAGUCAGGAGGCGCACCGAAGGGGUGUCUCGUGCCCCAGUGCGUUCCUCCAGAUGUGUGGGCCAGCGUGAGGUUCCCGGGGAAGGAUUAUGCUAUGUGUAUGAGGAUGGGUCGUAUUGUCGUGCCAUAAUCGAUGGCGAGCCUGUGAACCCCUCAUGGGGUAUAACGAAGGCCGGCAAACCUCGAAAGCGGCUCGCUCAAGCCUGCCUAACCUGCCGCGAGAAGAAGAUCAAAUGCGAACCUGCUUUCCCCAAGUGCCAUCAAUGCACUAAAUCGCAAAGAACCUGUAGAGGAGGGCUCAAUCGCCAAGGCAUGAGCAAUGCUUCGGAAGAGACUUCACCGUCGUCAUCGACCGUGCUAUUUAAGAAUCGGUCGAUCGAACUCAUCAGCCCAGUCGCUGGCCCGACCAAACCAAAAGCUCUUGACGAACAGCGUGAUUUUCCUAGAGCACCUGAAGCUUGGAAUGCUGCUGCAUUGAAACCUCAAAACUUUCGUCCAAACUCGGUUGCUACCUCUUUGCGAGACAUGUCAGUACACUCGGUAGACUCGGAUUGGAGCGGUUCAGCGACUUACCAGGACCCGGAUGACCACAGGCGCGGAUCACAUCAGGAUCACUUGGCCCUCCAAUGGGAGCAGGACCCUUAUGAGACAGACCCCCGUCUUACAAUGCAUCUUCUCGACCUCUACUUCGACCAUGCUGGCCGGGCUACCUACGGGAUGUUCCCUAGGCAGCCUUUCUUGUCGUGGGUCGAACAUGAUCACGAAAAGAGCCAGGAUUAUCUCAUGCUGCUAUACUCAGCCCUUGCUCUGGGCUCCGUCUUCUCUGCAGAUCUAGAACAGCAAGCUCUUGGCAGGCGCUUUGCUGCUGUUGCUAGCUAUGCUGUUGAGAAGCGGUUUGGCAGGUUCACCUUGCAGUUGUGCCAAAGUCGACUGUUGUUAGCUUUGUACAAUUUUGCGCGGGGCAAGUCGCAAGAGGCAUGGGAUUUGUGUGGAGCUGGUUUGCGGGCCAUCAGCGCCUUGAGACUCAACACAGAAGAGGGCAUCAAGGAACUUCCGGACACGCUAUCGGACCUGGACUAUGGAUUUGAUCGCGGGACUCUGGAAGAAUGUUGCCGGCGCACCUUUUGGUCCGGAUUUUUGAUGGAUCGCUACAACGGGUUCUGUGGUGGCACCCUAUGUGUUAUCAACAUCGAGGAUACCUUCCUUCGUCUCCCAUGCUUGGAGAGCAUGUUUGAAGCAUCCACUCCCUGCGAAACUCCGUUGUUCGACUUUGAUCUGCUGAGCCACAACUCGCCUCCGGGACCUCCACUGGGCUAUAUGGCGUAUCUUACCUUGAUUUCCAUGAUCUGGGGCGACGUUUUGACUUUUACUAGCCGUGCUAUUCGUCGCCCUGAAUCAGGCUAUGAACGGAUGUACGAAACAUUCUACGCUCAAACUUAUGAACGACUCGACAAAUGGCACGCCAUGCUACCAGACAAUCUUCGAUACUCUCCUGCAAAUCUCGACAACAGCAUCAUCGAGGGUUUUGCGGGAACUUUUAUUUCGCUUCAUGCACUAUACACCACUGCCAUCAUUCGGCUCAACCGCCAUGUCCGUGUUCACAUGUUGGGGCAGGAUAAACUCACAAGAAAUAUCGACCAAGUAUUUCGCACAGCUUCGCAUUUCCUCUCCAUGAUGCAUUCGCUGGCUGCUCCCAAUCGUCAGCAGCGCCUCCCUCCCAAUACGGCAGCUGAAUUUCUGUUCUCUACGCCUUUUCCUGGAUAUGCGUUGAUGUUGUCGAUUGACGUUCUGACUGCAGUGGGCACGGUUUCCACUCUUCCGAACUUGAUUGAGACGGUUGAAACAUCAAUGUCAUGCGUUGAGGAGCUGGCCAAUUUCUGGGCUUCGGCUCGCGUACAACACAAAACAAUCUCGAACCGCGUCAAGCAGCUUGCAGAGGUUGCCCUAUCGGAGGAACGCGGCGCACGCAAUGGCAGUCACGGCCCGUUCUGGAAGCUCAACGACCGUCUCGAGACGGCGUUUGGAAAUGAAGAUCUUAUAUACAGGACCAAUGAGCAAGUGCUUUUUGGCGUUGUCGAGCAACUAACGACGGCUCGAUAA